AUGGACGAGGAGAACAAAAAGCUUCGCCGCGCGGAGGCGCGCGAGUUCAACGACACCGUGCGGCAGCUCAUCGCGUUCGUGAGGAAGCGCGAUAAGCGGUACGUCAAGCACCAGGCGGAGGCGGCCAAGUUGGACAAGGCGAAGGCGCUCGCGGCGGAGCGGCGGCGCGCGGAGGAAAAAAAAGCGCGCGUCGCGGCGGCCACCACGUUCAAAGAGGCGGACUGGACGAUCCAAGACGAGGAUGGGCCGCAGUGGAUGCGCGACGAGCUCGAGGCGGCGGAGCGAGCGGCCGCGGAGAAGGCCGCGGCGGCGAUGGACCUGUACUGCCCGGCGUGUAAGAAGAAGUUCAAGUCGCAGAAGCAGUGGGAGAACCACGAGCGGAGCGAGCGGCAUCGCGCGGCGGCGAUGAAGUUGAAGGAGGAGAUGAUGGAGGACGAAGAGGUCGUCCGCGCCGCGAUGGAGGAAGCGGCCGCGGAGGAGGCGAUGGCGGCUGAUGCGGCGGAUGACUCGGGCGGCGAGAGCGAGGAGGAGGGGGAGGAGGAAGAAGAAGGAGGAGCCGAAGGCGCGGGCGAGGGCGAGGAGGAGGAGGCGUCCGAGGAGGAGGAGGAGGACGACGACGAGGACGCGAUGCUCGCGCGGAUGAUGGGCAACGCGCGCGUGGGGAAGAAAUCCGCCGCGGCCGCGGUCGUUGACGAGCGCGCGUCUUCUUCGGACGACGACGACGACGACGACGACGACGACGAUUACCUCGCCGCGGCGAUGAAGUUGAAGAAGACGAACCCGGCCGCGACCGGCGGCGGCGGCGGAGAGCCGGAGGACGACUCGGACGACGACGACGUCAUCAGCUUCGCCGGGAGCAGCGUCGCGGGCGACCGACUCGCGCGGAAUAAACCGCGAUUGAUGCUCAAGAAGGGUAAGGUGAGCAAGAAAGCCGCCGCGAGCGCCGCGGCGGCGGGCGCGAGCGCCGCCGGCGACGGCGGCGGCGGCGACGAAAACAUCCUCGCGUCCGUCGCGCGUUUGGAAGAAAUCACCGAAGAGGACGAGACGCGCGUCGGGUCGAACACGACCGCGGGGUUCGAGCACUUGGACGCGGAGGUCGAAGACGACGGUGGCGGCGAAAACGCUCCAGUAACGACGGUUUCGGACGACGAGGAGGAGGAGGGCGAAGAAGAGGACGGCGGCGGCGGCGGCGGCGGCGGCGGCGGCGGGAAGAAAAAACAGCGCCGAGCGAAAAAGAGCAAAGGCGGCAAGAAGGACGACGCGCCGCAAGGCGCCGGGACGAUCAAGUGCUCGCUGUGCCGCCUCACGUUCGCGUCCGGGAACGCGCUGCACAAGCAUCUCAAGGACGCGCACAGCGGCUCGCACAAGAAGAAGCGGUGA